AUGAAGUAUGGUUCUCCUAAAGUUUCAUCAAAUACUAUAGAUGUAUUGGAUGAAACAUUGUCUCCUCAAAAAUCUAUAAGACCAUAUGUAAGAGACAAAAGGAGUAAUAGUAAUAAGAUGAAGGAUUUCAUUUAUGACAAUUAAUUGUUUGAUAAUGUUGAUAAUAAGAUUAGAGCUUAUCUUUAAAAGAAUCAAGUCAAUUAUGAAAAGAGUCUUAUCAAAUUGUAUAAUUUAGAUUCUCUUUAAAGUCAUAAAGCAAAACGAUUGUUAGGAGAACUCAAUUAAACAAGGCGAAUAUAACAAUUUAGUGCUGUUAGACAAACUAAGUCUAUGUAGAAUUCUCAUCCAUCACUAUAUAGAGAAAGAAACAACAGUCUUCCUUCUUCUAAACAAAUGCAAUUUGAUCUUAAAUAAAUAUAAUAGGAAUUAAAAAAAAUCAAUCCUGAUAUAGAAAAUAAAGUAUUAAUGAAUGUCUCAGUCUUUAAAUUUAAUCAAUCAAACUGUGCUCGUCUUGAAUAAGAAGAAUGGGAAAGAGUUGCCUUUUAAUAAUACCCUUAUAAAAUUAGACCAAAAAUGACCAAUUUCUAAUAAGAAUUAGAUCGAUUAAACAGUUAUUAUUCAAGAAAUGAAAACUCUUUAAAUUAACUUAUGCAAAUCUAAAGAGAUUUGCUGCAUUACAAAUUGCUUUAAUAAUGA